AGAAACAUCUCAGUCACAUCAGACCAGCAGCACAUCAGGAGGCUGGAGCUGAAGGAUCUGAUUCUCUCCAUUCUGCUGCUAACAACAUGACGGAGAAGCAGCCUGCAGGAUGACGAACCACAGCUGGAUCUGAAGUCUUCCAGCUGCUGCAGGAGGAUCUGCCUGGACUGGUACUUACAGAUUUAAAGGAGAUGGUGGAUGUCUGAACCCCCGCUGAAGCAGGAUGGAGCCGGUUAAACGAGACAUGGAGCUGCUCAGUAACAGCAUGGCGACCUACGCUCACAUCAGUGCCAACCCGGAGAGCUUCGCCCUCUACUUCAUGAUGGGCGUCUGCUUCGGCCUCUUCAUGGCGUUGUGCCUCCUGGUGGCCGGAAUCGCCUGCAGGACUCGCCGCCAUAUUAGACCUCCACCUUCCCCGGAGAGGAGGCAGCUGAAGGAGUCCAGCGAGGAGGAGGAGGAGGAGGAGGAAGAGGAGGAAGAGGAAGAUGAGGAGGAGAGUGUUGCUGAGGAGGACGGGGUGGAGGUGGAGGUCCAUAAAGCCUCCACGGUUCCUCUGGGCAGCAGCCAAUCCAGCGGCACUCUGAGGAGCGUCAACGUGUUCGCGUCGGCCGAGGAGCUGGAGAAGGCCAGACGUCUGGAGGAGAGGGAGCGAAUCGUCCGGGAGAUCUGGAGGAACGGGCAGCCGGACAUCCUGGUGACCGGAACCGGAACCAUCGGACGUGUUCAUUACCACUAACAGAUGCUCGCACCUGAACGGAUUGUAGAGGGCGAUAGAAACAUGCUGCACCUUUAACGUGCUGAGGCACAAAGACACCAAGAUUAAAACUGAAGGACAGAACACUGUGGUGAUGGAAAAACUGCAGUAAACCUCCUGUCGAAAUAAUAAAACUGUGUAUCUCAUUUAAACCUUUAUAUCAUAUGGAAGUUUUUUAUGUUAAGAGAAAAGACCAAAUAGUCUGCUCUAUGCUCCAUCAAGUACAAAAACUUUUUGUACUCUUCCUAAAUAAACUAUGAUCAGAACCUCCAAGUCUGAGGCCAUGGCUCUCUGAUGGAAACUGGUGGAUUGGUCCCUCUGGGUUGGGGAGGAGUUGCUUCCCCAAGUGAAGGAGUUCAAGUAUGUCAGGAUCUUGUUCAGGAGUGAUGGGAACAUGGAGCUAGAGAUGGACAGGAGGAUUGGUGCAGCGUCAGCAGUAAUGAAGGCGUUGUACUGAACCGUCGUGGUGAAGAUUUGACUCAAUUUACCAUCCAUCUACGUUCCAACCCUCACCUAUGGUCAUGAGCUCUGGGUAGUGACUCAAAGAAUGAGAUCGUGGAUCCAAGCAUCUGAAAUGAGCUUCCUCUGUAGAGUGUCUGGGCUCAGCCUUUAGGUACAUGUCCACUAGAUCCGGAAAUUUCCUGCAUCCGAUUCAUUGUCUUUGUGAAAUGCACUGCAUUGCAUGCUGGUCUGGUUGCGGUGCGUUUCCAGCUGUAAUCUGGUGCGUCUCCCUGAAGCUUAUUUUUAUAAAGUUGACUCAAUUUCUACUUUAUCUAAAUUUGAUGCGGCGUGCGGAAAUCCGACGCAUCACGAAACUCUCACCAAACAUCCAAACCAGCGGUUAUUGAACUAAAACCAGGACAUAUUCAGCAGCUUAUUUCUCCUCUGAAAUGCUUUCAGAAAUACUUUUCACUGAAGUGUUUUCAAAAUAAAAGAGAAAGUUUGCGGUCAAGCUUCCAUGUUGGUCCGACUCAUCUGACGGACUGAAGGUCUGAAGGGUUGUCAUGUGACCUCCUAGUGGCCCGCUAGCGACUGCCCACCAAGCAGGUGAUUUUCAGAUGCAGCACAUUUGGAUGUGAGAAAAACAGAUCUAGUGGACAUGUAGCCUUAGAGAUAGAGGAGAAGCUCAGACAUCUGAAGGGAGCUCGGAGUAGAGCUGCUGAUCCUUCACCUCUAAAGGAACCAGCUGAGGUAGUUUGGACAUAUGAUGCCUUGGAGGUUUUCCACCUGGGAGGAGACCCCGGGGUAGACCCAGAACUCACUGGAGGGAUUAUAUAUCUCAUCUGGCCUGGGAACACCUCGGGAUCCACCAGGAAGAGCUGGUAUGUGUUGCUGAGAGAAGGAAUGUCUGAAAUGACCUGCUUCAUCUGCUGCCUCCAUGACCCCGGAUAAGAGGAAGAAGAUGGAUGGAUGGAUGGAUGAUGGAUGGAUGGAUGAUGGAUGGAUGAUGGGUGGAUGGAUGGAUGAUGAUGGAUGGAUGGAUGAUGGAUGGUUGGAUGAUGGAUGGAUGGAUGACGGAUGGUUGGAUGAUGGAUGGAUGGAUGGAUGAUGGAUGGUUGGAUGAUGGAUGGAUGGAUGGUUGGAUGAUGGAUGGAUGGAUGAUGGAUGGAUGGAUGACGGAUGGUUGGAUGAUGGAUGGAUGAUGGAUGGAUGGAUGAUGGAUGGUUGGAUGAUGGAUGGAUGGAUGGUUGGAUGAUGGAUGGAUGGAUGGAUGGAUGGAUGGAUGGAUGGAUGGAUGGAUGGAUGAUGGGUGGAUGGAUGGAUGGAUGGAUUAUGAAAUAAUCACUACAGACAAAAAACAUGAUAAUACAGCCAGUACACCUUUAAAUACUCAAAUACAUCUUUAGAAUGAAGAAAUGUUCAUAUGUUGUGCUUCCUCAUUUACAGCACAUAGAUAAGAUUGGUGUUAUAAAUAAUCUGAACAGGUUGUGUGAAUUUACCUGUGGAUUAAAACCCCACAAACAAAUGACAUAAAUACAGCUGUACCUGAGAAUGAUCAACAUCAAGGCGACCCUGCAGCGUUAUUAAUUAUAGAGAUUAACCCGACUAAUUUAAAAGCUCUGAUUCUACAAAAUAUAUGAAUGCAAACUCAAAUUUAUAUAUAGACCAAUAAAGUUUUUGUGUUUAAACAGAAGCAUCAAGGCAGAAAAUGGUUUUAAAAAUACCGUUGUAAAGAAACAAAGAACAGAACUCCAGAAAUUUAAUUACUGGAAUAAGAUAGAAAAAAAUCAGGGUUAUAUUAUUUGUUUUGUUGGCAUUUUUUAUUUACUUGUGUCAUUAUUGUCAUUUAUUUAUUUAGUCUUGGACACUUUUGGUCAACAUUUUUUGUUGUAUUACAGGAUGUUUGGCUUUGUCUGUGUUCUUUUUCAAUGUGAAGAAUUAAAAGUUAAACCAUUUUGUGAUUUAGUUUUUAUGAAACGUGGAAUAAAGUCACACUUUUAAGCUUA